CUCUGCACCGCUUCGACCCAUCGCUUCGACCCAUCGCUUCAACCCAUCGCUUCGACCCAUCGCUCUCCAUGCCCAGCGCCCCAGCAGCCAGCUCCGAAACUGCUCCGGCAGCUUCCAAAGCCGCCCCGCUCCGCGGCUUCUACGGCAUCGACGACAUCAGCGUGCCCUGGACGCUCCUCGCCGUCUCCAUCGCUGUCAUUUUCACCGCAGCAAUGUGCCAGUGGAUUACCCGGGUGAUGUUUGCCGUUGCAGAAGAAAAAGCCAAGGCUCCGCUCUACCUGCGAUCAACCUCCCAAAUCCUGUACAUCUUUGCGCUCUACAACCUCUACAAGGCUGCCCUCCAUCUGUUCGGGUCAUUGUCCACCAAAAAGACGCAGGCUCUCGAAAUCGUCGAUCGCCUCAAGGCGUCUGGCGUGCUUGUCAAGCCGGGCUGCCAGAUCCUUGAUGUCGGCACGGGACGGGGGCUGCUUGCCUGUGCUCUCGCGAGGGAAUUUCAGCAGCUCGACCAAGAGCCAGGAUCCGAUCCAGCCUCGGAACUCGACGUGAAUGUCAAGGGCAAGCGAAGGCAAGCCGGCGAGGCCCAGAGCACCGAGGCCCCGUCGAUCCGCAGAGUGGUCGGCAUCGACACCUGGGACACAAAGGAUCUCUCGCAUCAGGGCGGGGAGAAAGCCGUAUUCCGCAACGCUCUCAAGGAAGGAAUCGCCGAUCCAAGCCGCUUCAUUUCGAUCCAGACCCAGGAUGGCCGCAACACCGAUUUUGAAUCGGGUCAGUUCGACGCCGUCGUUUCGUCGCUGACGGUCCACUGCUUCUCGGAAAAGUAUGUUGGCCCCGGGUCAAGCCAAGGCGGGGCCAGCUCAGAAUCUGCGGCUGAAGCCCGGCUGCAGCGAGAUUAUGGGCUCCAGGAAAUGGUCCGAGUGGCCAGACCCGGCGGCACGAUCAUGGUGUGGGACAUUGCCCACUGCGACGAAUACGAGGAAUAUCUUGCCAACCACAAGGACAUCGACAGCUGCCAAAGCCAGGAGGCUGGCACGCUGUUUGGCACCACGGCGCAUCUUAUUAUUGCCACCAAGAAAGCCAAGUGAGCCUUUCAGGCGAGCUCGGCCUCGUCGCCUCUGCCAGCCCCGCCACCUGAUCCUAUCUCAGCAGAGACAGCUCGGUGUGGCGGGCGGGUGAUGCUCUCGAUGACGGCUUGCGAGAGUGUGCAAUCUGAUGCAAGUUCAGGCGUUGACGCAUCAGCAGGCAGCAGAUUGCCACAGCAGCACAAGAGCAUCCAAGCCAGGGCUGAACCUGGCGGGACACAUGGUACCCAUUUCAUUUUCGAAACGCUGUAAUAGCAGGCUCCCACUCGGAUCCAAGCCAAUCUCGCACCGCAAUACACCAGCACUAUCACCCACGGGC